CGCACUUAUGCGGUGUUUUCUUUCAUUAUUCAUUUCAAUGCUGUUCUUUCACAGUCCGUUUCGUGGUUUCUAUCGGUGAGAAAAAGCUGCAUUUUGUGCUGUGAAUUAAGUGUGAUAUUUAAAGCAAAACCCCUGCAUAAGAAAGGGAAUGUAGUUCAAUGGGGUGAAGUGGCGGCAUCACAAUCAGCAUCCAUUGACCGAUGAAUCACUGGGUCGGCACCCAAACACCAAUCCACCAACCAAAAAGAUUGAUACAGAGUUGCGUACAAAGUGUUCCGAAAGGCAAACAGCAGCAUCCGCCGUAUCCUGUUUAAGUGGUGGAAGUGAUGCGAUGGAGUUAAACGGAACACAAUCUGAUUCUUCCGAAUUGAGCAGCAAAUAUCGUCACCGAGACGAACUGACGAUGAGAGCUGAAAGGAAAGAAAAAAGACGGUCCAAGAUUUACUACGAUGAUUUUGUUACGCUCGAUACGACCGUUAUGCUGAAGGUCUACGUCGGUGCACUGUCCCUGCAUUAUGAGGCGCUUAGUGUGGAGGCAUCCAAGCAGACCACGGCCGAGGAGAUCGUUUCCUGCAUCGUCGAACGGCUGGGACUAACGGGAAACAACUAUGAGCUGGCAGAAGUGGCCGGCGAGUGCAAGGAAAGGCGACUUUCCGCGCACGAAAAGCCCGUCUCCGUUAUGCUGCUGUGGCCGAUGCACUCGGAGAAAGAUUUUCAUAGAUUCUAUCUACGUGAAAUACAAAGCGACGUUCCUUGGCUAGAUAGUUAUGGACUCGAUCCACAGAUACUUAGAGACUUUAUACCGUUUCUGUUGCAGAAAGAAAAUAGGGAAUAUCCUGACCUGUGCCAACUACCAGAUCUUAACGAAGCAACGCUACUCGAGAACCUUCGCCAGCGGUUUGAGGCCGGCCACAUAUACACGUACGUCGGCAGCAUCCUGAUCGCAGUCAAUCCGUUCAAGUUUCAUCCCAUCUACAAUCCAAAGUAUGUGCGGCUCUACCAGAACCAGCGGAUCGGGCCGAUCCUGCCACCGCACAUCUUCGCCAUCGCGGAUAACGCUUACUACAACAUGCUGAAGGAGAAACGAAACCAGUGUAUCGUCAUCAGCGGUGAGAGUGGUUCCGGCAAAACCGAAAGCACCAACUUCCUGCUCCACCAUCUGACGGCCCUCUCGCAGAAAGGUGCCCAUGGGUCCGGCGUAGAGCAGACCAUCCUCAGUGCCGGACCCGUUCUGGAAGCGUUUGGCAAUGCGAAAACGGCGCACAACAACAACAGCAGCCGUUUCGGCAAGUUCAUCCAGGUAAACUACCGCGAGAAUGGUAUGGUGCAGGGCGCUGUGGUACAGAAGUAUCUGCUCGAGAAGAGCCGAAUCGUUUCACAAGGACACUACGAGCGCAACUACCAUGUGUUUUACUAUCUACUGUCGGGAGCAACCGAUGCGGAGCGGGACGCACUGCAUCUGCUGCCAGCGGAAAAGUACCACUACCUGAACGCAAAGAAUCUCACGCUGGAAAACUGUGACGAAAAGUACGAGUUCUCACGCCUGAAGCAGAGUAUGGAGAUGGUUGGCUUUUCGGCGGAGAAGCAGCGGCGCCUGUUCAACGUCCUGUCGGCCGUGCUGCUGCUCGGUAACGUCGAGUUCUUCCCGAAAAAGUCCACCUACCACCACGACGAGAGUGUGCAGGUACGAAAUCCGGACGUGGUGGGACUAAUAUCGGAGCUGCUGCGCGUUAAGCAGGAGACACUGAUGUCGGCGCUCACGUCCAAGCGCGUGAAGGCUAGCGGCGAGACGCUGAUCAUGCAGUACAAGCUGCCGGAAGCGAUUGCGGCCCGGGACGCGCUAGCGAAGUGCCUUUACGGGGCGCUGUUCGAUUGGAUUGUGCUGCAAGUGAACCAUGCGCUGCUGAACAAGGACCAGGUCCUGCAUACGGGUCACUCGAUCGGCGUGCUGGACAUAUUCGGCUUCGAGGAUUUUGGGCCACAGAACAGCUUCGAGCAGCUGUGUAUUAACUAUGCAAACGAGCAUUUACAGUAUUACUUCAAUCUGCACGUGUUCAAAUACGAACAAAAAGAAUACAAACGCGAGGGAAUUAAAUGGACUGAUAUAGAAUUUCUAGACAAUUACGGUUGCUUGCAGCUGUUUGAAUCGAAACCUUCCGGUUUGUUGUGUAUACUGGACGAUCUGUGCAAUUUUCCCGGUGCCACGAACGAAACGUUGCUGCAAAAGUUCAACAGUGUUCACAAGGAUAACGCAUUUUACGAAAAGCCACAGCGCAAAGAGAACGCAUUUAUUAUAAAGCAUUACGCGGGCAAGGUGAAAUAUCAGGUCGCCGAAAUGCGUGAAAAGAAUCUCGAUCUAAUGCGGCAGGAUAUUGUGAGCGUGUUGAAAAACUCGAGCAUGGCGUUUGUUCGCGAGCUGGUCGGAGCCGACCCGGUGGCCGUAUUCAGGUGGGCCAUUUUACGGGCCUUUUUUCGCGGCUAUUUUGCAUUCCGGUCAGCCGGUAUUAAGCAUCGCAAGGAACGGGCUGACAUGUCGUACAACAAGCUGGCCACCAAGACGCGAUACCGUGCGCCGAACGAUAGUAUCGUGAGUAAACGCAUCAGUAACGCCAUGAGCGAUAUUACAUCGGGCCAUAGUAACAAUCAGGCCUGCUCGCCCAAUAGCAAUCUCGCCUACCACCGGCAGUCCCUUGGAAAUGCUGGAUAUGGCGCGGCCGGUGCUGCUUCACCGGGCGCAACCGGUGGAACACCUCGCCGGUCUUGGUCGAGUUUUGCGUUCAACAACAAAAAUUUCCCCGACGGCAAACUGAACUAUGAGUGCAACCAACAGCAAGAUCAAACGCCCCAGUACCACUCAAAACACCUACAAUCGACGGCCUCUUCGUCAUCGUCUAUCUAUGGCAGUGGUGGAGGUGGCAAAUCAUCGGCCAAUGCAAAUUCUUCCGCGAGCGGUGCUCCGAACAGCGGAGGAGUAACUAGUACUGGCAGUGGCAAAGGAUACGGACUGGGAUCGGCAGCGGCGCGUAAUCGUUUCGAACGUUCCGGUCAGGACGUAAUGGCCCGGGCAUCUCAAAUCGUAAUGAAAAACAAAUCCUUUCGUCCACGGGAGCGACCGAAAAAGGGACUAAAGAAUCUUCAGUCGGUGAAAACGCUUUCAGCUGGCCAGAAUCUGUCGAAUCAAACCUCCGCUAUCAAAACACGUAAACAGCCACUUACUGUGACCGCCCAGUUCCAGAACUCUCUGAUUGCAUUGAUGGAAACCUUAAAUCAGGCAAACCCAUUCUUCAUUCGAUGUAUCAAAUCGAAUCCGAAUAAAAUACCGAACCAGUUUGACGAUGCCACCGUUACGCGACAGCUUCGCUACACGGGCAUGCUGGAAACGGUCCGCAUUCGUCGGGCUGGUUACAAUGUACGUCUGACGUACGAAGAGUUCAUUCAGCUGUACCGCAUCCUGCUACCGAAGGGUUUGGUCAGCUCCCAGAAAGAUGUGCGGGAUUUCAUGAGUACGAUGGAUCUGAACAAGCAGCACUAUCAGCUCGGGCUGACCAAGAUCUACAUGCGCGAGUCGCAGAAAAUGCGGCUGGACAUCUCGCUGCACACAAAGAUCAUCGACAGCAUUAUCUGCAUUCAGCGCUGGUUCCGGGCGAUUUUGCAGCGGAAAAAGUACUGCCAGUACCGGAACGCGGCCUGCACUAUCCAGUCCUACUGGCGCGACUAUCUGCGCGAGAAGCAGGAGAAGUUUACGCGCAAAAUACGCAACCACGCGGCUACGGUGAUCCAGGCGACCUGGCGUGGCUACACGGUACGCAAGUGGUACAGCAAGCUAAAGACGGGCGUGUUGAUCAUUCAGGCGCGCAUCCGUGGCAAUCAGGCGCGAUCGCGCUUCAAGGAGCUGUUGAGCAAAAAGUUGCAGCGAGAGCGGGCCAAGCUACGCUCCACGCAAAGCCUGCCCGUUGAGCGACCGAUCGGAACGACGGCUGCUGGCGGAUCGUACGGUGGAGGUGGAGGAGGAGCAGGAGGAGGAGGGUCUACGUAUCCCGAGAUUGUGCAUGCGAUCGAGCAUCGGAAGAAGCCGACCCCGGCAGUGGGACGCAGCUUCGAGACGGCCAUUGAUAUAGUGAACAAAAAUCGAGCGCUGUUUGCUGACGACAGCAUGUCCGCGGACUUUAUCGACGAUGACGAGGACGAGGAGGAAGAGGAGGAGGAAGAGACCACGGGCAGCCGGCAGGCGACGAUCACUGCGACAUGCGGCGAGGAGGAGGAAGAUGAGGAGGACGAUGAGGAGGGUUACGAGGAUCUUGGUUUGGUGGACGAUCCGCAGUACAUGGCGAAUAACCGAUCGGCCCUGAUGCAUCCCGUUAAGACGGCUGCCCCUAUCACAACGUCAUCGACGGUAAAUAGCGCACUAUUCGAUUGGAAUAAAAAGUAUAUGAAAAGUCUGGUCAUAUCCGGAGGAGGUGCUACUGCUUCCUCUUCGCCGUCGGCAGCAGGCGGCGGAGGAGGGAACGCUUCCAGUGUCGGCAGCAGUGUAAGCGGUGCGUACCAGAAAGCGCCGCUGCAACGCCAAGAGGACGUGCUGGACCGGCCGCUCCGGAUGUACGACAUCGAGCGGGCGAGCAAGAGUACGUUCGACGAUACGGAGCUGGCCAAGUAUCGGUACGAGCGGGGCGGCGGUGUGAGCAGCACGGUGAAGCUGCCGGUGCGACGCGUCGAUUCGGGCCCGUCGUCGGUGGCAGGCAGCGGCACGGGCAGCGGUGGAUCGACCAUGGGUCGGCCAGGGAUUCAGCGGUUUCGCUACGGUGAUACAGCGUCGUACGGCGGCAGUGGCAUGAUUCGAAAUCAGAACCACAGCAAUAAUAGUUAUAGUAAUAGUAAUGUUGAAAUCGUGUUUGUAAAUACCGGACUAGAUAGUGUCGGGGCGCCGGCAGGAUCCGGUGGUACCGGAUCCCUUUCGUCGUCCCCGGCCGCCAGGAAUCUCAAUCGAAACAGCAUUAGCAGCGGAACGCUUACCCAAACGCAAGUACCACCGUCGCUAGCGAGCAGUAUGCGGCGGGACUCUUUGCCGCUGAGCCAUCACCUGGGCACGAGCACCCGCACGCCGGGAGACGAAAUUAACUCCAACUAUCAAAUGCAUCAGCAACAGCAGCAGCAACAGCUGCAGCAACAACAUCAGCAGCAGCAGCAGCAGCAGCAGCAUCAGCAUCAAACCGGCUCCCCAAUGUCCCACUCGCCUCAGUCGCUACCGUUGGUCGGCUCGGCAGGUCACAUCGGAAACUAUCAGAAUCUGCAGUUCCCGCCGACCUCCAACUACCACCAGCACCAUCACCAUCACCAGCAGUCGGUGUACAACAAUAAUGCGCAGCCCGUCAGCACGAGUGCCAAAAUGGUCACCUCGACUCCUUACGGCGCCGCCGGCAACAACAGUUCGUACGCGACGGGAGCCUCGGCGUCAGCCAGCAGCCAGCGCGUAUCGGCAGCCUAUCCGGACGAUUUCGCACAAAACUAUUACACGACGACGACCACGACACCGAAGGGUAAGGCGGCCGCACUGCUCGGCACGGCCAAAUCGGAGGACAGUGCGGUAAUGAACGCUGGCCUCGGCCAGUCGAAGUAUCCGCUGGAUCGAGCGACGCUCGCCAAAGCGGACAGCAGCGAUAUGGUGCUGUCGGCUGGCAACAAAUCAACGAUCAAUCAAGGCGCCGGCAACGCUAGCGGCAGGCGCAUCAAGUCGACGAAUCUCAGUGAGGAUCAGCUAGUCGGUAGCUCGGGUUCCUCCGUCAGCUACCAUCCCGGCACGGGACUGACCCGGCGCGGUCCCGUCGGCACGAGUGCGAGCGGCGGUAGUGGCAACACGAGCAGUACCGGUAUCGCCAGCGAUACGCUCAAGCGCCGCAACUCGGACCCGACCAACAAAAUCCCGCUGCUGGAGGUGAACCGGGGCAACGACAUGUACCAGUCGAGCACGCGCAUCAACAUCGCCGGCCACCAGUUCCGGAAGGUGCAGCGUAUCAACAAGGCGGAACGGUGCGCCUGCUGCCAGGAGAUUGAUUCGUUCGUGAACGAAGGCUACCGGUGUCUCGACUGCAAGGUGCUGGUGCACACCAAGUGCAUUCAGAACGGGGGCAUCAAAUCGCUGCAAUGUGCGGUGGCCAAGCGCUCGAAGCGCAUUCGCACGGGCGGUGCCGGUGGCGGCGGGCUCGGCGGGUCGUCGAGCAAGCACGAUAAGCAUCACCCGAUCGGGGGCGGCAGCGCCAGCGGUCAGAAGAUUUCGUCCACGCGCGAAUACACCGACUCGACCGACAAGAUUAUCAGCGAUGCCAAAGAGCUGCAGCUAAUGCAGGACUUCAUCACGCAGAAGAUCUGCAAGAUGGAGAGCGACUGCGAGAAACCGUCGGAGGUGGACCGGGUGUUCAAGCAGGCGUUGCGCGAGUUCAAGGACAACCUGGUCGCCCAGUACAGUGUGGCGCAUCGGCAGAACUCGGACGUGCUGAACAUCAAGUACCGGGAUCUGAUCGCCAACUUUGAGCAGGUGAUCGAGACGACGUCCGGCCGCAAGAACGACUUUCCGCUGACGAUGGGCGUUAACGCGUUCCGCGGGUUUAUGAACGAGUUUAUGAACUCGCGCGAAACGGAAAAACCGAAAACGAAACGAAAAAAGGAUAAAAAGCGAAAACACGACGAUCAUACCACGUUCAACGGACAUACAUUCCAGUUAACGAUACUCAACAUUGCGACGGCAUGUGAAAUUUGCCAACAGUUUCUCCUGUGGCCAAUUGAGCGUGGACUGGUGUGCCAAAAUUGCAAACUUACCUGCCACAAAAAGUGCUACCAAAAGUCGGCAUCCUGCAACAAGAUCGCCAACACGGACCCGAACUCACUGCUGGGCGCCGGUGGCAGUGGUUCGGCCGUGGUGGCCGGCGGCUGCGGCCCGGACGGUCAACCGCUGUACGGUGGAGGCAUACCGACGAAGCUGUUCGGUGUGCCGCUGACGGCCCUCUGUGGCAACAGCAGCGACGGGGUGAAGAUACCGGCCCAGAUCAACAAGCUGAUCAUGAUGAUCGAAAUGCAUGGUCUGUACUCGGAGGGCAUCUACCGGAAGAGCGGCGUCAGCUCGAAGAUCAAGGACCUGAAGGCGAAGAUGGACCGGGCAGUGACGAGCGCCGAUGGCGGUGGCGGCGAGAUGGAUUUUGAGUCGUACAACGUGCAUGUGCUGACGAACGUGCUGAAGUCGUUCCUGCGCGAGAUGCCCGAACCGCUACUGACGUUCGAUCGGUAUGACGAUUUUCUGCGUGCCGCCGAUCUGUCCGACGGUAGCGAUCGCGUCCAGACGCUGCUGUCGCUGGUGAAAAAAAUACCGCCCGCCCAUCACUGUCUGUUCGAGCGGUUAAUCUUUCACCUGGCGCUGGUGGCGAAGCUGGAACAGUACAACCGCAUGUCGGCCAGCUCGCUGGCGAUCGUGUUUGCGCCGUGCGUGCUGCGCACGAACCGGUACGUGCCAGCGCAGGACAGCCUGAACGAUAUCGGACGCCAGACGAAGUGCAUGGAAACGCUCAUCACGCAGAAGAUGCUGAACGUGAAGAGCACGCUGGCGGACAUCGACACGCUCGACACGGCGGCGCACACGGCGACGGCCCGGCUCAGCACGCUGCGCAGCAGCAAGGUGUUUACGCAGGAGGAGAUGGCGAAUGCGCGCGGGGGCAGUGGCAUAGCGGUGGGCGGGCUGCUCGAAACCGAAACGGAGGAGAUGCUGCUGGAGGGCCACAUACAGGAGAUCCGGAAGGAGAAGGCCCUGCUAACUUCAACGCUGCCGAGCUUGGCGCGCGCCAGCUCGGACGACGAUCUGCUCUCGACCGAUCUGGACGGCGAGGGCGGCAGCCUGGACGAUCUAAGCAACAGCAAGGAGAAAGACUUGGACGUGAGCAGCGGAGGAGGAGGAGGAGGAGGAGGAGGAGGAGGAGGAGGAGGAGGAGGAGGAGGAGGAGGAGGAGGAGGAGGAGGUGGUGGAGGAGGAAGUAGCAACAUGAUAAGUGACAGUGGCAUCUCGAUUCGCUACCAGGCACCCUCGGAUCACGGCGGUAGUAGUAAUGUUAGUCUUAAUAAUGACGUCCCGAUGGCUGUGAGUUAUUCGUUACGUGAUCAGAGUGGAGCGGGCGGUGCAGGUGGUGGUGGUGCCACCGCCGCCGGGAUGGAGUACUUCCACAAGAUGGGUCCUUCGUCCGGUGCGAGUCCGGCUCCCGGCGUGAAGACGAAGUCCCUCUCCCACCAAACGCUGCUCGAGCGGGAAGCCUUCCUCCGGGGCAACGGUUCCACCUCUGUCUCCUCGCCGCAGUCCCCGACGGCCGCAUCAUCGGUCACGGCGUCCUCCACCCCGUCGUCGUCGGCAUCAGCCCCAUCGAUGAUGAAGUCGCAGCAGCAGAAUGGAAACGGCGCCAACGGCAGUACCGGUGGUGCCUCCGCGGGAGGCUCGAACGCAGCUGGCAGCGGUACGGGCGGCGGCGGACCGGGUAGCGGUGGUUCGAUAGCAUCGACGGCCACCAACAGUGCUGCCGGCAAGCGGGCCAGCGACAUCAAUCUGAGCCACUCGAUGAUAACGCUCGCGACGACGUCCCACAGCCUGGGCGGCAGUACGACGAGCAACAGCAGCAGCAGCGGCGUCGGUGGUAGCUCCGGCAGUACCGGCAGCGGUAGUGACCUGCAGCGACAAAAGCCCAUCAGCCGGAGCGUCUCCGGUGGUUACGAGGUGAGCCACCAUGGCUCGACCGUGUCGGGCUCGGCGUCCGGUUCGACGCACGCAUCGACCAACCACCGGAUACUGAUACAGGCAUCGUCAGCGCUACCGAUCACGCCUGGUGCCACCAUCGCUGCCUCUCCGUCCGGGUCCGGCUCCGGUGCUACGUCUACGUCCGCCUCCAGUUCUUCCAUCAACUCCGCGAACCUGCACGCGAAAGACAAUAAUGGGAUGGGCAAGGACGGACUGUCAUCGAGCGGUGGCAGUUCCUCCACCACCACCAAACUGGGGUCUCGCCGUAUGUCCGCCGGCACUAACAAACGGUCUGGUGGGGGUGCUGGUCCUUCCGGGGGUUCGAACAGUGCUGCCGGUGGACCAGGCCCGCCUGCCGGUGACGAUGAACCGAUCAUGGUUUGAAAUGCACAACGGAGGCGCCGCUUACACGGGUGAUGGGGAACGGUGGCGCAGCAUGAACGAACAGCAGCGCAGUGGUCCUCGACUUGCAACAUCAUCCUGCACCUGGUCGCACGAUAUGAGGCGAUUCGAUCGAUACGAUCGAAAACGUGGUGGCAUACAGCAGCACAGCAGGGCGGCAGCGGUGAACACGGAGUCAUAAACACACACAACUCUACAAGCAUAAGUUACGAUGCAUUAAUCUCCCUUUGCGACGGAAAAGCAUAUAGCAACCAGUACGCUCCAGCACUAAGUGUGUUGGUGUGCGUUUUUGAGGGCUUAUUGGCGAAGGAGGGAUCGCGUGGACAAACGCGUGCGCGCGCGGAAUCACAGUCAGUCAGCGAUGAAACAAGCGAUGCGUGGUGCACCUGCGAACGAACCGUGCAACAGAAGCGUGACCGUGCGUUAUUCGUGUUAUAUAUUAAUUAAUUUAUACCAAUCGAUUAUAUUAGCAGCAGUAGUUAUAGCAACAGAAGUAGUAAUAGCAGCAGCAGCAGCAGCAGCAUCAGUACGCGAAACGAAACUGACAAACGGUGUGAAUGAAUGUGGAUAUGAUAAACAUUUGAAUACUCCUAAUGCGUGUUGCGCAUUUAUUUAAUCCUGUUCAUCAGCCACAGCAACAACAACAAACUCCACUUUCUACGAACGGUGAAGAACGUUAGGAUUAUAACGUGAAGUAGAAUAACAAGAAGAAGAGCAUAUAUUCUCGCAAUUAGAUUUUGUUUUGCUUCGUUUUUGUGUGGCAAGCUUUUUUGGUAGAGAAUGUUUGGCAAAAUUCGUAAAAUCAACGGACCUUCAACGGAACUAGACAGCGAGAAGCGGAAAAUUGUAUUAUGGAAACUAAUUCAAUUUUCAUCAUGACUAAAUACACACUCACACACACCCACACAACAGGGAAAACGCUGAAGGUUGAGUUGGUAACGAAGCAACAAAGCAAAUGCAAUAAGUCAAAUUGUUUAUAUAUUCAAGUUGGGCGAACGAAUUUAGAGGAGAAAGCGCUAGAAAACUACGGAUUUACUAGAAUGUUUAACAAACAGCAACGUUCAUAGACAAAAAAUGCAGAUCCUCAUUUGCAACUUUGUGUGUGCGUGUGUUGAAAUCAUUUUCAGCCACUGAUAAGAACUGACAGUAGAACAGUAGAAUGUUUCCACACACUACACGUGAAUUGCUUUAACUUAUCCUCCCGUUACAGCCUUUUGCUACGCGGUGUGUAUCGGUCCUCCUGUCGGUCGUCUAACGAAUGUGUGCAUUCAUUUUGGUUUGGCUUUCGAGUCACCAGAACAAAUUUUACAACUUAUCACUAUAAAUAUGUACAUUUAAAAAGAAAUAUUUUGUUUAGCAAGUACACACGUUACAUGUGUUAGCAGCACAUGCACACAGGCGCAGAUAUGUCCAAAAGAGGGGGAGAGUGGGUCGUAGUUGCGAGUGCAGUAGUCCUGCAAAACUGCCCCUAUCUUCGCCCUCUAACGCUCACCCUUUUCCUCGUCUCCCUUCCCAGCACUCCUCUCUCCAACGCUUCCACAAACCCCGCUUCCACAAACCCCGACUCCUGCUUUUGGGGGUCGAAAAGAGAUAGAAGAAACAAUGGAAUCUGUGAAUAGUAGUAAUAAUGAUAACGCUAAGGAUAGUAACGCCCUUUGGAGAGUGAAUACGACGAUUGCUCUACAUCUAUAAUGAUAUGUUAUUUUUCCUUGUUUUCUAUUUCAUCUACGUGAAACAACUGAAAAAUCAUCUAGUUAAAAGAAACGCGUGGCAUCGGCAGGCGGGCUGAGCGAUGAAAGAUGGCGCACGCACAAUAACAAACGCUGUAAUCAGUGAAAUCUGUUCACGUUCAUUUAGUGCACCUAUUAGUGGUGUGUGUGUGUGUGUGUGUGUGUGUGUGGCCUUUAUUGUAGUCGUAGCAGAGGAGAAAAGAAAAUAAUUGGUUAGACUAAGGAACCGAAAGGAAUCACCACACAUACUAGACACUCUUAUUUGCAACUUUUGCGAGACUCCACUAAAAUUCUGUAUGACUCGUCUCAUGAAAAUAUGUAUAGAGGAACGCAUGUGAAUGUGUCAACGUUUUCCGAACGACUGUCUGGCGGAUCGGAAGAAUUCGAUAGCGGGCAAGAAAAGGGUAAGCCCGCACUAGAACCGAAAUAAGAAGAAAUUAAACAAA